AUGGAAGAUAAUAGCGAAUGUCCUGUAUGCAGUAGGCUUGUACCAUUGCAAUCUAUAGAAAACCACGUCAAUUCGCACUUUGAAGAUGCAAGGCCAACAAUUAGGGCUUGUCCAAACUGUAUGCUACAAGUUCCAUCUGAUGCAUUUGAUGAUCAUGUCAUGCAGCAUACUUUGGCACUUAUGGAAGAGGAGAAUGAACUUGUUGCUCAAGAGACCCAAAAUCCUGAAUUUGAAAUGCCUUGGGCCGAGAUGGAAUCUAGCCUUGGUCGACAGCAGCCUUCAAGUGCUGCUGGUGAUUCGUCCUCCACAACACCAGCAGUCACUCAACAGUCCUCAGAUGCCGGCUCAUCCAGCAAUAAGCCAGCUCUUCCAAACUCUGCUCGCAUAGAGCUAGUCAGAAAUGCUCUUGUAGACUGCCCUAGAUCUAUAACCGGCAUCAUUCCACGACUGGAAGCUGUGUUGAAAAUCUCGCAAUAUGGUCCUACGAAGGGAACCUCACCUAACACAACUACAAGUGCUUAUUUGUGCUUACCCGCUACCACGUAUUUUCCCUAUCCAGCUGGUGAUAGAUGGGGUUGCUGUGGAUAUCUCAAUCUACAAAAUAUGAUGUCGAGUAUUCUCGGAAGUCAAUAUGGAAGUCAUCUGGCAGAGCAGCUGCUCGAAAAAACAAAUGAAUUGAAAAUACCGAGCAUACCGCGACUUCAACAGUAUAUUGAGAGAGCAUGGAAGCAAGGAAUCGAUCCUGAUGGUGCUCGACAACUGCAAAAUCGUCUCGUCGAUACACGGAAAUGGAUUGGAGCUUCAGAAACAGCCGCUCUCCUCAAAUAUUUCAACGUGAAGAUCCACGUAUUGGAAAUCAUCAAUCCCGAUCCUGAUGGCUCGCAUACGUCUUUAUUGGACUUUGUGCAAAGGUACUUUGAGGGCGAGGAGAAUCCAAUACGUAUCAGGCCAUCAAUAGCAAUGAACGGUAUCAGGGUGUCUCAGGACCUCCCAUGUCUAUUCUUACAACAUCAAGGCCACUCUCGCACUAUAGUAGGAAUAGAAAAGAUCAAGAGCGACAAAAGGAAUUUGCUUCUAUUUGAUCCGUCAAAAUUCGUAUCUGGCAGGCUUUGUGAUGGACCUCCUCCUCCCAAUGGUUCUAUUCCAUUUGGUGAUGCUCAAAAGAUGUUGAAUGGCGCCUUCAGGCUCGACGACGCUGCCCUGAGAAGGAACGCCAAAUAUCAAAUAGUCAUUUUGGCAGCGAUACAGACAAUUGCUAGUGGUGACAAAGGACGAGCUGUGGCUGCUGGAAAGCCAAAGAUUGGUGACCAUUCUACAACGAUAAAGCGAACAAACCAAAGUCUAGACAAGCUGCUGAUGCCUGGGCAGCAAUGGUCCAACCAAUCUGGUAAUCCAUACUUUAACAACGACCGAAUGAACUCCCAAUUCUACACUCAAGCUCCCAAAUCUUCCAAACGUGAAGCUGAUGACCCUCCAUUCGACACGCAGCAAAUAAAAGCCAAAGAACAAAAUUGGCAAAAGCCAGUACGAGGAGACUCUACUGCACCACAAACCGAUAAAGAGUCUGUUGCACAAAUUGCCCAAAGUACACGAGCGGUCAGUGUUGGUGAAGGCAAUCAAACGCAACCUAGGUUCCGAAAACGACAUACUUGGAAUGCUGCCAAAUAUGUGAGGUUGUUGGCCGUCAAUACUAUCGUCGCCUAUCGCCGGAAUAGAUAG